UGUUCAAACCAACCUACUUAGCUAGCGGCUGAUAAAUUCCCCGGCAGCGGGAGACAUUUCAUGCCGGCGUUGCGAGACAAAAUAUCCGGACUGAAUUGUUUGCACAGAAAAGUCUAUUUGCUAAUUAGAAAGCAAUCUUCUUGAACAAAUCUACAGCAUCCUGUCUGCAGGGAAAUUGCGCUACAGCCUACAGGUAAUCAUUUCAAUUUAAGGCUGCAAAAAUCUUGUCUCGACCCCAAGAAUCGAUUAGCUCUAAAACCCAGGUGGAAGGUCACAAGGUUCAAUACCAAUGUGGAGUUUAUAUUUAGGCAGUAUUGGAACACGGAUCCAAAGGAAGAUUUACCUAUAUAAUGUGACCUUUGGACUGUACAUGCUCGAGUGGUGGGAGCGAUAUAUUUUCAAUACUAUGAUGAUAGUCUUGUUGUGUACGUUUUACUACAAAUUUUGCCACAAUGGGUCACGCUAUAUGGUAGAAAGUAUCAAAAGGCUUAUCUGGCAUGUAAGUGCAGGAGCGUGGGAAAAUUAUUCUGUGCUUCCUGCCGAAGACCAUCAUCAUUUUCCUAGUGAUUGAGAUUUUGUAAGUCAGGCGUUACAGUAGAUUUAUGAUAAUAUCUAGGAAGUGUGUAAAUGCAUUUUUCCUCUCUUAGCCUGCAGCCACAUUGUACAAUCCCUGUACAUCAUGUGGCUUGUGAGGAUGAGAAGACAUCUAAUGGUUCAUUUGGUAAGGUUUAGGUAUUGUCGAGGCUAGUAAUUUUUAUUUCUGAGAGAUUAGUCUUGCUGCAGUAGGCUUUUUAUUGCAUCUAAGUUCAAAUUCGUACUCUAAACAGUAAUUUCUAAUUGCAAUCAUUGUGGACUUCUCAUAAGAAAUUUUCUUACAGAUCAAUGUAAAAAAUUUGACUGGUA